AUGUCUGGCUGUCGCGCACCCGCUCGAAGAUUCGCCAUCGCUGCAGUCGCUAUCCUCGUCCUCCUCUUCCCAAAUGACCCCUCCGACCCCCUCUCCUUGACCCCGCUCACCGCGCAAGCAGCCAGCAGCAAGCCAUGGAUGGGCGUAAACCUCGGCGUGGGGCUCUCCUCGAACCCCGUGUCGCUCACGCGAGCCGUUUCCAUCAUCAAGCAGCGCGGCUUCAGUGCCGUCAAGCUCUUCCAGCCGGAUCCGACGGCGCUCAAUGCGCUGGCUGGGUCGGGCCUGCAGGUGAUGACGUGCGUGCCCAACGAGCGGCUCGGGGAAAUCGCCAAGAGCGACUCGGCGGCUCUCGCGUGGUUGGACGCGAAUAUAAUGCCGUUCAUGGCGAAGACUAAUAUUCUCGCGAUUGCGGUGGGGAACGAGGUGAUUUCCCCUGGCAACCCAUUCCUCCGUUCAGUAGUACCCGCUAUGGAGUCACUCUACAAGGCACUCUCGGCUCGCAAGUUACAUCAGAGAGUGAAGGUGGUCACGCCGCAGCACAUGAACUUUCUGCAGAACGCGUACCCGCCGUCGAGCACGCAAGUGGUGCCGAGCGUGAAAGACGAGGUCACCAGGCUGCUAUCCUUCCUCAAACGAACAGGCUCGUACGCCGUGCUGAACGUGUACCCGUUCUUCACACACCUCGCCCAACCAACCAAGAUUCCGCGCGACUUUGUGUUCUUCAAGGGCGGCGCGGGGAGCUUUGACGACAAGGGGCAGCGGUACAGCAACCUGAUGGAGGCCACGAUUGACGGUGCUCUUUGGUCCUUCGAGAAGCUCGGCUUCCCCAACAUGCCCUUCAUCGUCGGCGAGACAGGGUGGCCGAAGGCAGGAGCAGCCAUCGCCUCACCCGCAGCAGCCAAGGAGUGGAACACGGCGCUGGUCUCGUUCCUGCUGUCCGGUCGCGGCACCCCCAAGCGGCGCAACUCGCCCAUCCGCGCGUACCUCUUUGAGAUGUUUGACGAGGACCGAAAAAACACGGCCAUGGGCAAGUUUGAGACCUCGUUUGGGUUGUGCACUAUGCAGGGCGAACCCAAGUACCCUCUCAACGUGCUGGGCGGUGCUGCCAGUGGCGGUAAUGGCAUCAGCGGUGGCGGCAGCAGUGGUGGUAGCAACAAGAAUCGUGGUGGUGGUGGGGGCAGUGGUAGUGGUGGCACCUCCCUCAAAUGGUGCAUUCCGAAGUCGACUGCGACGAAGCAGGCGCUUGGCAACGCGGUUGCGUGGGCUUGCUCUAGCAGCGGUGGUGGCAUGAACUGCGGCGCUCUCAUGGCCAAGUGCCCUGACUCCAGCAAGGCUACUGUCGUUCUCAAUGAGUGGUACCAGCGUAAGCGCCAGCACUCUUCUGCAUGCGACUUUUCUGGCGCUGCGACUACCACCACCAAGGAUCCUUCUCCAUCCUCCCAAUGCAAGAUAAAAGGCAAACUCUGA